CUUCUUUACGGCUGUUCUCGGUACACAUUUUAUGCUGCAUCUCAGAAGUCAGUUGAUUUUGAUAAGAGCAGAGACGCCUGCAAAGUUCACCGAAGUGACCUUGUGUCUAUUGAAAGUAACGAGGAGUGGAAUUUUCUGAAAGACACUGUAAACAAAUUUCCACAGAAUGGAACUGAAUACUAUAUUGGUUUAACCAAAGACAAACACGGAAGAUGGAGGUGGAUCAGUAAUAACAGCACAGUGGAUGAAUCCUAUUGGGCAGAAGGCCAACCUAGUGAGGAUGAACAAAACGUUACAAAGUGUGCAAUAAUGUACAAAGAUUUUGAACAGAAUUAUGGUUUGUUCGAUGAUUUGCACUGUUUCUUUAAAAGGCAUGGCUAUAUAUGUGAACGUGAGUACCAUGCCAUGUGGUUUUGAUUGCUAAAAUACUCUGUUAUGGUUUUAUUAAGUGUCGUGACAGCCGUUGUGGUACAGUUUGCAUUUCUAUACCGCAACUUAAAUAGUCUAAAUAUAAGAAACAAUUAUUUCAUUCUAUUCUAUUAUCAACUUUGUGUCAUAUUUUGCCAAGAUGAAAAAGAUAUCUGAAAUAACAAAUCAGUGAUACUGGAGUAUAUUAUUAUUGGAGUAUAGCAAACCACUACAUAUCAUGAUUUAAACACAACGUUGAAAACAGAACAAUACUGAGGAGUUCCAAGGACAAACUAAUAUCAUAUAUAGUGUCUUUGUAGAAUUAAUAUUAUAUUAUUUCAACGAAGCAUUUUUAAUUCUUACGUCCUAUUUCAUUUUCUUGUUUCGUCAUACCUUUUCAGAUGUUCUGAAAACAGCAAACUGUUCAACUGUUACUAAAACUGCACCAGCUACAAACUUGGGUCUAACAAAAACUCCAAUGACAGGUAAGUUAAAAUAGUUUUUAUGACUUUGAGUUCAACAACUUUAAUGUAAUUUUCCUUUUUCCUACUGGACGAAAAAAUGGAUUUACUAGCCUGGGUAGCCAAAUUACAGGAAAUGUGCCAGUAGCAAGUACCACAUUUGCACAAUUUUGCUCAAAUUUGCGCAAGAGCAAAGACUGGUAUUGCACUAGAUUUGCUAUCCGUAGCAAAGACGGUAAAUGCCACAUUUGCAUAACAUUGGGUGUUACUAAACAGAGUAACGCAGUAACGAGUAACGAGUAACGGAGUAACGAGAAAACGAGUAACGGGAUAAAAAUUCAAGAGGUUAAAAAAAUAAAUAAAUGAAUCCUAAUGAAAGAAAAACAUAAAAAAAUGGCUGUAAUAUCCUAAUAAUGACCUUUACCAAGCUCGAAAAAUAUGUGUAUUCCAAAAAAGCGCUUAAAACAACGACGUCAACCCCCCUACCCCUCUCUCCAGCAAAGUCGAAGGUAUUUUCGCGCCGAAAAAGUCACCUGGCUAAGGCUGUUAUUUGCAAUUGAGUAUGCCUAUCCAGCAGAUAGAGUAACAAAACGUUCCGUCUAUCGUUCACCCUAAAAGGUUAUUUCCUAAAGCCCGGGAUCAGGAAGACUAUUUUAAAAGUGCCUAAUUUCUGAACAAUUGUCACAAAUCAUUGAAUAUGUACAACUGAAAUGAGUAGUACCCAGAUCACUAGUAGCAUAAGUACCAACAUCGCCAUCUGCAUCAGUAACAUUGAUUUCCGUAUGGUUUAUAGUUUGAUCCCGCGGUAUACGUUGUGCUUAUUGAGAUCAUGAAGAAAAGAAAGUUUUUGCGAGGCAUUCUUUUUUAGACAAGGCAUGGGACUACCCAAGGUUUCAAGGUUUCAGUGCGAACGAUUGUUAUAACCAAUGGAUUAAUUAAAUUUUGUAAGAAGAUUAAGGAAAGUACUUCUUAUGCCAAAUGCAGGUCCCUCUUCGUAGUCGCAGGAUUGUAAAGACCGUCUGCAAGUGCCACUUCAGCUCUUAGGUGCUAAUAUAAGAGAUUGAUCGUCAAAGCAAGUCUAGAAGAACACACGACCAUUCCUUUCCCGAGGGGAUCAUAAGUGGGAGAACACAGAAGUGGAAACGAGGGCUCUUCUACGAUUUCAAAAUACUAUUAGUUGUUGUUAUCUUAGCUCAGGCGUUUCAUAUAACACACCAAUAUUUAUUUUUAAAGUUUGCCGAAGCGUGACCAGAAGCGGAAACCCUUAACAGAAUUCAGCGGUGACAGAGGCGUAACUGCCUGCCAUCCAUUAAGCCCAGGCUUAACAAAUUAAAAUUUGGGUCACAAUGAGUCCAUGUAAUUGCUUGUUAUCAGGGCGUGAAAUUGCAGCUAAUACAAGCACCAAUGUCUGUAUGACAAUCAUGCAAAAUGGCACAUAUUUCACUAGGAAACUCUGUUGCUGGCGAACGCCAAGUAGAUGUGUAGGGGUCCUCUUUGCUUACUUUGAUUACCUGCUAGAAUCAUUUGGGUUCAAAACUUGUCAAUUUGGAGGAUCUCAGCUCUAAAAUAGCAUCUAGUAAACCGGCCGUUUUCUCCUUGUUUGUUCUAUUUCUUCUUGUUUGUUUCGCUUAUCUUUUUUUUCUGAGGACUCAGGACUUAUUCGACUUAUAGAAUUGGCUACCACUUUGAAAUGUUAAGUAGCCAAGUGGAUCUUAAUGCCCUGGCAGUAACAAUGUUUCGGUGUAGUCUGCAUUGAUUGAUGUUAAACGUAACUUCGAGCAAACCAAUCCAUUUGAAUGUUUCUUUACUUUACUUUAAUUGAAAAUCGAUCUCAAAACUAGUCUCGCUCUGCACUCUAUUUGCCGUCAAUAUUCGAAUUUCAGAUUGUUUACAUCGGGAGGUUAUUUUUAAACAUGAUUUAUAAUUCCUUUUAAACCGGUAGAAAAGUUCACUAUAAUUAACUUUUGGAAGGUAGUAUUAAGUCGAAUCCCGUAUUUUCGAGAGGAGUUAAAAGACUAGACAUUAGCUAGACAUUGAAAGUUGAGCAGGAAAGGUAAUAACCCCGGGAGUAAUAAAGGAGCAUACUGUUUCUAAGACCCUGUUUACAUGGAGUGGAGGACCCCGGCCUAGUGGGGUAGGUUUCUUUUGUUUUGUGUCCCCCGGAGCGUGAAAACAAAAGAAACCAACCCCACUAGACCGGGGUCCCCCACUCCAUGUAAGGAGGCCCUAAGCCUUGGCAAUCGAGUACUUUUAAUUGGUUAGUUGGUAACCGCAAUAAGGGCCCAACAACGUUCUAUUAUUUUGAUUUACCUGACAGAGCUUUUUCUUCUAAGAAAUAAAAUAAUUGUGACAAUCAGAAAGAAAAUGUGUACCUCACCUUCCUCCAUGCAUGGUUGUCGCUCCUCGGUCUCCUCGUAGGUGUGAGAAAAUAACCAUUUGACCUACAUCCAUCCAAACCUCUUAUUUCAUUGGUUCGUGUAACCUGUACUACCUAUUGUUUUCAGGGAUAGGGGAAGGUGACUUUUUCGGCGCGAAAUUACCUUCGACUUUGCUGGAGGGAGGGGUGGGGGGUUGACGUCGUUGUUUUUCGAGAUUGGUAAAGAUCAUUAUUAGGAUAUUACAACCAUUUUUAUGUUUUUUCUUUCAUCAGGAUUUAUUUAUUUAUCUUUUAAACCUCUUGGAUUUUUAUCCCGUUACUCGUUUUCUCGUUACUCCGUUACUCGUUACUCGUUACUUCGUUACUCUGUUUAGUAACACCCCAUAACAUUUACUUCUUGGUCCAAAGAUAAAGGGCAGCCAUGGAUUUGAGGGUCAUUUGCAAAUGGUUCAAAUGUGUAUAGUAGGCAAACAUGUUUCUUUGAACUAUAUUUGCACAUUAUGCAAAUGUUAGCGCAAACCUGUUGUUUUGCACAUUUUUUGCUUUAGAUGUAAAAGUAUGUAAACCUGUUAUUUUUAGAACGUUUACGCACCUUUGCAAAUGUGAGCGAAGUAUGUAAUUUGAACAAUGUUUGCUUGGGUUAUCAUAAGUGAUCAAAUUUUCAUAACUGAACCAGAUCGCUUUGCAUAGCAAAUGUAACCAAACUCUUUGUAUUAAACAUGUUUGCUCAGGAAGCAAAUGUUAGCAAACCUAAACUUUAAGCAAAUUUUCUAGGGUAUGCAAAUUUGAUCAAACACAAAAUUUUGCUUGUAGCGGCAAAUGUGGUUUAAAGCCAAGGUUUGAACAAAGUUGCUUGGGCAGCAAAUCUAAUCAAACUGUUACUAUUGUAAACCUUUUCGCUCAGGUAACAAAUGUAAUCAAAUUCUGACUUUGAUUUGAUUAGCAAGUGUCAUCAAACCCAUAAAAUUGAGCAUGUUUUCUCAAGUAGCAAAUGUGAAUUCCAAGGUGUAAACGAGUUUGCUUGGGUUGUAGCAAAUGGGAUAAAACUUUCUAAUUAUUUUUAAUUAUAACAUAGCUCACUUCAGGUUCGUAACAAGUUGCCAUUAACUUGAAAUUUAUAGCUUCAAACAUUCAAGUUACUGAAGGAAAUUCUAGCAGUGACCUCUCAUUAAAGUUCAAAUGAUUGAUUUCAUAAACCAAAGUGGCUUACACAGGCGCGGAUCUAGGGGGAGGGUGCAGGGGGUGCGCACCGCCUCCUGAGAUGACCUGCGGUUUACUAAUAUAACUGGUAUUCUGGUAACUAUGUGGUUUAUUGGUGUUGAAGUAGAGCAAGAGACGAGUGCACCUCUUCCUAAAAAAAAUCCUGGAUCCGCCCCGGUUACACAUUAUUAUAGACUUUACAAACUACAGUAUACAUACAGCUCUUCAUAUUAAUUCCCAAUUUUACAGUUUGUUAACGUUUACUCGUCUCCACUCUAUGCUCUAUCAGAUCAUUUCUAAGUAUUAAUAUUAUAAGAAAAGUGUUCUUCAUUUAAAUUAGAGCUGAUCAUUUUUUCUCCUUGGUUAAUUGAAAUUGAAACCUAACCACUCUAAAGUAAAAGUAAGUAAAUCAAUUAAUUAAUUAACAUUAAUGUUAAUUAUUAGUAUUAAUUAUGAAUUUUAAUUAUUAAUAUUAAUAUUAAUUAAUGAAGUAAAUUAAUUAAUUGAUUAAAUAAUAUUGUUCGUAUUGUCUGUUCCAUCAGACCAACCCAAUGCUUUUUAUCUCUAGCCUUAGGCCAUUCGCAAAUAAGCGACACUCGCAGCGACUCUACGCUCGCUACUCAAUUUCAUUGCUUUUCACAAAGAAGCUUCGCUUGGGUGGUUGAGUUUAAUUCCAAUUAUGUUAGAGAAUUGUCCUUGCUAUUUUCUUCCAUUGCCGGCAAACUUUUUAAACAGAAAGCGCAGGAAAUAAUAACCCAUCUUAGCACAUCAUAUAGAGAUUUUAAUCCAUGGUGGUUCAAUAGGAAUCAAAGCUAAUCAAGGUAAGGUUAGCCCGCAAUCGAGCUUUGCGUGGCUUAAUUAAUUAAUUAAUUGCAUUGUUUUUCUUUCAGUUAAGCCAGAUGGCGAGAAAGCUUGUUCUUGUUACACUUUUGAAAGUGAUCGACCAAUGACGUGGCCCACGGCAAGGGCUUCUUGUAAAUAUAACAAAAAAAAUCUCGUGGCCAUAGAAACAGAGAGAGAGUGGCAGUUUAUCACGAACGAGCUCAAGAAUCGGACAACAAGAAAAAAUGAGUGGCACAUAGGAUUGUUUUGGGAUAGAACAGUUAGUAACUGGACAUGGGUCAACGGUAAACCGCUGACUAUAAUGAAAUGGCGGGAUUCUGAACCUAGUAGAAACAGUUACUACGCUCUCAUUGCUAAAGAAUGGCCUAGAGGUUCUUAUGGGAAAUUUGAUGGCAUCAAAGGCAACAUAAAAAGAGCGUGGAUAUGCGAGGAGGAAACAGCUGUAAAUAUA